AUGCUUCAGACAACAAGCCGCAGCGCUGCGAGGCGCAUAGCCAUGGCACGAUACUCAUCAUCACGAACAGCAUUGAGAGCGGCGGCACGAUGCGAAGCGCCGCAUACACUGCCAGCAGUAUCAAGAGCAACAUCGAUGAUACCAUCGCAAUGCCGGACAUACGCGAGCGGACCUCCGCGACCGCCAGGAGGCACACACAGAAUGAACAUGGGAGGCGAACCAGAAAAGCCGGCAUUGGAGCAAUUUGGCGUGGACCUUACAGCAAAGGCAAAGGAUGGCAAGCUUGAUCCGGUUAUCGGUCGUGAUGGCGAGAUCCACAGAACGAUUCAGAUCCUGUCCAGACGGACGAAGAACAAUCCGGUGCUGAUCGGCUCUGCGGGAACAGGCAAGACUGCUAUUCUUGAAGGACUUGCGCAGAGGAUAGUCAAGGGCGAUGUGCCCGAAAGCAUCAAGGACAAGCGAGUGAUCAGUCUUGAUUUGGGCAGUCUGAUCGCAGGAGCAAAGUUUCGAGGCGACUUCGAAGAACGAUUAAAGAGCGUGUUGAAGGAAGUGCAGGAUGCUAAGGGGGGAGUAAUACUGUUCAUAGACGAGCUUCAUACUCUGCUUGGAUUGGGGAAAGCAGAAGGCAGCAUCGACGCAAGCAAUCUGCUGAAGCCUGCACUAUCUCGUGGCGAGCUUCAGUGUUGUGGCGCGACCACGCUCAACGAGUAUCGUCAAAUCGAGAAGGACGUCGCGCUGGCGCGUCGAUUCCAGCCAAUUCUCGUUGGCGAGCCAUCUGUUCAAGAUACUGUAUCAAUCCUCAGAGGUAUCAAGGACAGAUAUGAAGUACACCAUGGUGUUCGCAUCACAGAUGGCGCAUUGGUUGCCGCCGCAGCCUAUAGCAACCGCUACAUCACUGAGCGGUUCCUACCUGACAAGGCGAUCGAUCUGGUCGACGAGGCUGCGUCAGCAUUACGAUUGCAACAAGAAAGCAAGCCCGAUGCCAUCCAGGAGCUGGACCGGCAGAUCAUGACGAUCCAAAUCGAGCUGGAGUCAUUGCGAAAGGAAAGCGACAUCGCUAGCAAAGAACGACGAGAGCAGCUCGAGAAGACUCUAACGCUCAAGCAAGAUGAAGUUGGCGCCCUUACUGAGAAAUGGGAGAGAGAACGUGCGGAGAUCGAAGAGCUCAAACGAGCAAAGCAAGACCUCGAACGGGCACGCCUCGAGCUUGAGCAGGCUCAACGAGAGGGCAACUUCGCGAAAGCUAGCGAACUCCGUUAUGCUCGCAUCCCAGAAUUGCAGAAGAAGCUGCCAGCGGAAGAAGGCGGCGAGUUAGCCAACGCUUCGCCCCGUGAGACGUUGAUCCACGAUUCAGUAACAGCAGACGACAUCGCUGCAGUAGUCGCGAAGUCAACUGGUAUACCUGUUACCAAGCUUAUGUCGGGCGAGAUCGAGAAACUCAUCAACAUGGAGGACACCCUCCGUCAAUCAGUGCGCGGCCAAGACGAAGCCUUGACAGCCGUAGCCAACGCAGUGCGCAUGCAACGAGCAGGUCUCAGCGGCGAGAACCGUCCACUCGCAUCCUUCAUGUUCCUCGGGCCAACCGGUGUCGGAAAGACAGAACUCUGCAAGAAAAUGGCUAGCUUCCUCUUCUCGACAGAAACCGCCGUAGUCCGCUUCGACAUGUCCGAGUUCAGCGAGAAACAUACCGUUAGCCGCCUCAUAGGCUCCCCAGCUGGAUAUGUAGGCUACGAAGAUGCUGGCCAACUCACAGAAGCCGUGCGGCGGAAACCGUACGCGGUGCUUCUCUUCGACGAGUUUGAGAAGGCACAUCGUGACAUCAGUACCCUGCUCUUGCAAGUUCUUGACGAAGGGUUCCUUACCGACGCGCAGGGCCACAAAGUCGACUUCCGCAACACCAUCAUCGUGCUCACGUCCAACCUCGGAGCGGAAGCACUAGUCGCAGAUGAAAGUGCCGGCUCAGAAAUCUCUGCAGACGUGAAGAAGCAGGUCAUGGACGUGGUGCAAAUGUCCUACCCACCAGAAUUCCUCAACCGCCUGGAUGAAUUCAUCGUCUUUAGGCGACUUUCGCGCGAAGCGUUGAGGGAUAUUGUUGACAUCCGUCUAAAGGAGCUACAAGGGCGUCUGGACGAUCGCCGGAUCACACUGGAAGUCAGUGAGGACGUCAAGGCUUGGUUGUGUACGAAGGGGUACGAUCCGAGAUAUGGUGCGAGACCGUUGAAUAGGCUCAUCGCGAAGGAGGUUGGGAAUGGUCUGGCUGAUAAGAUUAUUCGAGGGGCGGUGAAGAGCGGCGAUAUCGCUAAGGUUGUAAUAAGGGAAGGCGGCGAGCACUUGGAUGUGGUGGCGCCACAGUGA